AUAUAACACCAAAGAAAACAUCUUCAAGUCCCAUCCUGGAGAAAUGAAACUUAUUUUAGCAGCUGCUGAGGCUCUUUGAGAGGAAAGGUGGCCUUCAAAGUCUUUGCACAUCUUCCUGAGAUGAUCUUGUUUUACGACUCUUUUGAAAACUGAAACCUUUUGGCAGGUGUUAAUUAUUGGAGGCAACAAAAACACAGCUUCAGUAAGCAGAAGCAGCAAAGCUGGAGGUUUUAUGGGUGGAAAGAACUCCAAGGGCCAAGGGAAGAAAAGCAUGAUGCUGCUGAAGAGAAGCCAGAAGCUACCUCUGUGGGAAGAAACUCUUCUUUCUGGAAAAGACCCAAGAACACUUUUGAAGUGUGGACUACAGUAUGUCAGUUUGAGCCUCAUAAUGAAGGGGAUGACAAGGGUUCCUGACUUUUUAUGGGGAUUGCCACAGGUCCAGAAACUGAAUCUCUCACACAAUCAACUGGUGAUCCUUCCUCCUGCUCUGGGCACACUUGACAGACUGGCAGUGCUUAACCUGUGUGGGAAUCGUAUGAAAUCUCUACCAAAAGAGAUUGGGCUGCUUAGAAACCUGAAGAUUUUAUUUGUCAAUAUGAACUGCCUGACUGAAAUACCUGCAGAAAUUGGACACUGCAAGAAGCUGGAGGUUUUGAGCCUUUCCCACAACCGUAUCUCCCAUCUCCCUUCAAGCAUCACAGAACUGACAAACCUGAGAAAGCUGAAUCUUAGCAACAAUCGGUUCAUUUACAUUCCUCUAAGUGUUUUUGCAUUGAGGAACUUAGAUUUUUUACACGUAGGCUGCAAUAAACUUGAGAACAUUGGAGACAGUAUCCAAUUUCUAGUCCACCUGCAGAUAUUCAUUGCUGACUAUAACAAUAUCCGUUCCUUGCCAAAAUCUAUCUGCUUAGUCACUGCUCUUGAACUCCUAAAUGUUGAUUACAAUUGUAUCCAGACUCUCCCAGAUGAACUCUAUUUGCUGCAUAGACUGACCAAAAUUGCUUGGAAUCCAAUGGAUAAGGGGUUCCAUAUUUCACACAACCCUUUGUCCAAACCACUGCCACAGAUUAUAGAAGGUGGACUGGAUGCACUCUACAGCUAUCUCAAAGAUAAAAAUCAGAUCCCAUAAACAUGGGCUUCGUUUGGGAUACUGGCGGCGGUCAUGUUUCCUCGGUUGUGGCUUUCAAUUUUUCUGGCCAGUGAACUUCACUGCACAAAUCAGGAGCUGGAAUACAGUUGCAAUAAAGUUUACCUGACAGCAAGUACAUUGACUUUAUACUGACUGUGCAAUGAAUGUAUUUUCCAAAUAAAUAUGUAUCCUAGCAAUACUGACAUAUCUUUUGCAGGAGGGGGAAUGCAACUGAGUCAUGAUGAUGGCAGUGACUUGUAAGCAGGUUAAUUUAAUAGAAGGAUGAUUGUAUUUUAGGAGUAUCUGUUUCCAUAUAUCAGACUAUAAUAAUGUUAAUUUAAAGAAGGUAGAGUUUUUAUGAUGUAGUGGUCUUGUAAAAUUCAGAAACACUUUUAAUUUCUGUUCAGAAUGUGGUACAUGGGUUGGGGGGGAUGAUGCUAAAAUGCUUACAGCAUGAAAAUGAACAUGUACUUUAAGAAGACAUGUUUUUUAGCAUCAGAUCAGGAAAGUGAUUUGCUGCUGUGCAAGAACCUAUGCAACAACUACAUGUUGUUUCUCUGUGCAACUAAGUCGCUAAUGUGUGCGAUCAAAGAAAAACAAACUAGCUACCAAAAUGAUCAUAAGAAAAAUAACUAAACAUAGUACAUUGACCACUGGGAGUAAGUGUCUAGAAUGGAAACUACCAAAUAUCACAUUUAAAAAAAUGCACCUCAUGAGUCUGUCAAAAUUUUGUGGUGGUAAGGUAUAUGAUAAGAAAAUGCCCU